GUCAGCCCAUGCUCCUCGCUCCGACCUGCACCAGUCCCCAGCUGGCCAUGAUGAGCUCCAGCCCCUCCCAGAUCUUUCUCUCGCCCAUCACGGGGGUCAACAUGGACCUGCCCGGACAGCAGACGCCCACGCAGGUCCAGCUACAGCAGCAGCAGCAGCAACAGUACCAGCAGCAGCAGAUAGUGCUGCAGCACGACAAUGGUAUGGGCACCCCAUCCAUGCUCCUCGCCCCCACCAGCCC